AGAAGCUGGGGUGCUUGACAUAGUUCAGAUACUACAAAUCUGGUGCUCCUGAUCUACAGAAGGAAGUGUGGACAUAGACCCACACUGGGUGUGAGAGUAACAGGAAGAGGUGCAAGAGUGAGGUGAUUCCCCUCUAGAAAGUUUGGGGCAAGCCUGGAGGGGAUGCCGGCUUUGUGGGCUGUUGCCAGGAUAGUUGCUACCCACCUAUGCUCUGGCCUGAACCUGGCUGAGUCAUCACCCAGAAUGCUGUGACAAGUGGGAGUAAUUAUAGCCCAGGAGGACACGGAAGCAUCAAGUAAUUACAGCCGAGGGGGACACGCCCUGGGCUAUGGCGCUACUGUGCACAGAGCACGAGGCAAGGUACAGGCAGGUGUGGGCAAAAGGUAUAGAUGCUUCAAAGUAUUAUUAAAAAUGUGUGGAUCCCCAUGAAGCUCUACUAUACUCAAGUUUACCAGGAUAUUUGGGUAGGAAUGGGGCUGAUGAGCCUCAUCGUUUAUAAAAUCCAGAGUGCUAAUAAAAGAAGUACUUUGAAAUCUCCAGUGCCUGCUCACGGUCAUCACUAACCAGCUUUACCUGGAGUACACAUGAAAUGAAACAUCAGUCAGCUUGUAAAUUUAAGCAAGCUGUGUUAGACUGUACACUUGUGUAAGUAUCGCUUACUUCGUGGCAUGAAUAAAUGGAUCUGUAAAAUUCACUGAAAAAGAAAAAAGAGAUCAAGAUCGGGAGUACAGUGGAAACAGAGGUCAUUGCUGGGUAAACUCAAAAGAUUUAGUACACGGGCCAGAGACAUGGCUGAGGCACUGGGAUUUUAUUCUUACUAGAUGCUGGACAGUUAUUGUGGCUUCAAUGAGAUAAUGCACAUAGAUGCAGAGUUCUUACAUGGCACAUAGUUAAAGCUUACUAUCACUUAUUUUUAGUUUUUGCACCUCUGAAAGCUAAUCAACUAAUUUCCUCUAGUAUAGAAGCCGGUGAACAAAAGUCAAAAAAUGAAUUUCUUUACUGGGAAUAAAAGUUGUGCAAGUUGUGUUUGUUCCACCAACAAUUUCCUUUGAUCCAAAUGGCCAGUAUAGAAAGAUCAGCAUUCUUCUACAGUGGCUAGAGAACAAACAAUGAUGCCAAGGGCACAUAUACCAGGAAGAGACCACUAAUGACCUCUCACAGGCCUCCCAAGGUAGCAUCAUGACCUGAAAUUACCCAUGCAGGCCAGGAACUGUAAUUUUAUUCAUCCAUAGGAAGAAACACUUAUCUCAGGUGUUAGU